UACAUUUUAAAUCUGUUGUAUAGCUUCCUUCAUACACAAUGUGAAAAAAAAAGAAGGGUGGAGAGAGAGAGAGAGAGAGAGAGAGAGGUGGUAGGGGGCUCCUCCACAGCAGAAAACUCUCGCUCUUGGGUGUGUACAGGUGAAAGUUUUCAGAUGCCCCACCCAAAAAUAGUGAUCAGUAGCCUAACCUGCCCCCCACUUCAAACCCUUUCCUCAAAUCCUCAAGCACAGCUCUGAUCUGCAGCUCAGAAAAGAAGGACCUGAGAAGAUACGAGAAACAAGAACUGACCGCUUGCACCUGACCUACAGCUGUCAUGUCUCUCGUUUGGCUUGGACGAAUAUGUUUGGUCCUGCUGCUGUGCAGGACUGCGGCAUCAAGAGCCAACAGCAGAUCUAAUCGAAGGAAACGAGAGUGGAUUCUUCCACCAACAAGGCUGUAUGAGAAUGUUGACUACACAAAAGAGGAGUGUGUGGCAAAAAUCCGGUCUGAUAAAGAUAUCAACUGGCAGAUGGUGGAAUAUAGACUAAGAGGUCAUGGUGCUGACAAGGCACCAUAUAAUUUGUUUGUAAUCAAUCCAGAAAAUGGCUUUGUUAGGGUCACCGGCCUGCUGGACAGAGAGAAAACAUCUUUAUACAACUUGACUGGCAUUGCAAAAUUUCGUAACGGAUCAAUAGCAGAAGAAAACAUUGAGCUGAAGAUUAAAGUUGAGGAUCAAAAUGAUAACACACCGAUAUUCAAAUUACAAAGGGGAUCUGUGAAGGAAAGCAGCAAGAUCGGAACACCUGUCAUGCAGAUAACAGCUACUGAUGCAGACGAGCCGGGCACUAUCAAUUCCAAAAUAGCAUACAGUAUAGUAAAACAAACACCAGCGGAUUCCAAAUACAUGUUCUCCAUAGAUAAAGAAACUGGGAAAGUCUAUGUGAAGGAGACAAACCUGGAUCGAGAGAGACACGACACAUAUACUUUAAUAGUUCAGGGAGCUGAUAUGUAUGGAGAUCCAUCUGGAAACACAGGAACAGGCACUGUGCAAAUUCAUAUUUUAGACAUAAAUGACAAUGUUCCCACUCUUGAGAAAGAACAGUAUUCAGGCAGUGUUGAUGAAGGUGUGACUGAUGUGGUUGUCAUGAGAAUUAAAGCCCUGGACAAGGAUCUGGAAUUCACUGAUAACUGGCUGGCAGUGUUUGAUAUUAUCAAAGGAAAUGAAGAUGAUCUCUUCACUAUUGAAACGGACCCUAAAACGAAUGAGGGAAUUCUAAAACUUGUCAAGCCUGUUGAUUUUGAAAAGGUAAAGGCCUUGGACCUUAGUUUGGUUAUAUCAAAUGUAGCUCCUUUUAUAAACGGAAGUGCUUUAGAGCUGGACUUGAACCUGGACAAGAACAGACCAGGGGCUGGAACGGGCUUAGGAGCAGGGGCCGGGAUGGGAACAGGAUUGGGAGUGGGGUUAGGAGUAGGGUUAGAUGUGGGAGUAGGUGCUGGACUGGAUGCUGGACUGGAUGCUGGACUGGAUGCGGGACUGGAUGCAGGAGUGGAUUUGGGUGCUGGAUUGGGUGUAGAUGCUGGACUGGAUGCUGGAUUGGAUCUAGGUGCUGGAUUGGAUCUAGGUGCUGGAGUGGAUCUGGGUGCUGGAGUGGAUGUCGGAGUAGAUGUGGGUGGUAAUAUUGGACCUGAUGGUAAGCCUGGAGCCAAACCUGGCCCCUCACCUGGUGUAAAGCCUGGGUCUAAACCAGGAACAAAACCGGGAACGAAACCUUCUGGCAAACCUGGAUCUGAGCCUGAUAAAAAACCAGCUGGGAAAGGUUACCCAGUUAAGAUUAGUGUAAAUAACCUACCUGAUGGCCCUAUAUUCUCACCUUCUUCAAAAGACUUCCCAGUGUCAGAAGAUCCAGAUAAUGAAGAUUUCCCAAUAGUGCUGGGCAAAUAUGCUGCUUUGGAUGGUGAUACUGGAGAGCCAGCUGAAAAUGUGAGGUAUGCUAAAGGUCAUGAUCCUGAUAACUGGUUAACCAUCGAUGAAGAAACUGCUGAGAUUAAACUGACAAAGGUUCCUGAUCGAGAAUCAAAGUUUUUGGUCAAUGGAACCUACUUCGCAAAGAUUAUCUGCAUGACUCAAGAUAUGCCAGCUAAGACAGCUACUGGGACAAUAGCAUUAAAGGUGGAGGACACAAAUGACCACUGCCCCACAUUGACCAGCACAUUUCAUCAAACUUGUGAAAAUAAUAAAGUGAUAAAUGUCACGGCUUUCGAUGAGGACGCUGAUCCAAAUGCCGCACCUUUCCAGUUUGUUCUGAUAGAAGAGGAGAGUGUGGGAAAAUGGGAGAUGGUGCCUAUAAAUGGAACAACUGUGAGCUUCCAUGCACAUGAGGAUUUGUGGCGAGGCAUCUAUACACUGACAGUGAAGAUCUCUGACGCUCAGGGUCUGUCCUGUGCAGACAGCCAAAAGUUUGAGGUAGAAGUGUGCACCUGUGAGAAAACAGGCUCAUGUGGGCCGAGGCUAGCCGCGCAACGUGGCUUCCCGUUCAAAAUAGGAGCACCAGCCAUUGGCUUGUUCCUCAGCGGUGCAGCUGUGCUCCUGCUGGUACCCUUCCUACUGAUCUUCUGCCAGUGUGGGACCGUGAGCGAGUUCACAGAUUUGCCCUUUGAUGCAAAAGAAUGUCUUAUUUCAUAUCACACUGAAGGCAUAGGGGAGGACAAGGAGGUUCCUCUUCUCAGCAGUCCUGUUGCUAUAAUACCCCAAAAACAACUGUCCCAGGAUCUCAAGGUUUCCAACACUGUAUCCUCAAUACCCUUUCAAGCAAGUGUUGCUAAUGUCAGCAAAAUGUUCAACCAAGAAAUAAACGAUGGGUUUACAGAAACUGACAGCAGGUUUUGGUACCGGAAAAACACCCUUUUAACAGCCAACCAGCACAAUAGUGCUCUCUACUCUGCAACACUCGUGCAUGAAAAACAGGAUAUUUAUGGGGAUAUGGCAUUGGGAGAUGAAUUCCUCAAUGAAUACUUCUCUCAGAAAGCAAGCUGUGCUGCAGCAAAGCCUCCCCUGACAGACGGUCUUCUGGAAUAUCAGUAUGAGGGUCAGGGCACCCCUGCUGGCUCUGUUGGUUGUUGCAGCCUCCUUGAGUCUGACGAUGACCUGGAGUUCCUUAACAACCUUGGGUCAAAGUUCCUUACAUUAGCGGACAUAUGCCGUUCUCCAAAGCCUUGCUUACCCCCUCCCAAAACUGAGCAAGUAGUCAAAUCAGUUGAAACCAGCUACAAAAGCGAGAGCACCAGCACCAUCCAGGUUACCAAAACCACUCCACCUCCACAACAGGUACAACAAAGCUCUGUUACCAAAGUCGAGACGGUUAAUGAAUCAGCCACACUUCCACGGGCCAAAGCAAGCCAGACACUUUUCGUGCAACAGCAGCCUCUAUUCUACCUGGUGGAGCAGCAAAUGCCAAACACAGUUUUUGUUGAGAGCCCCACUCAGGGUUUGUAUGUAAUAAAUGGCAACCCUGGGACGGAAGGUUUGAUACUGCAAGGCAGAAAUGUUUCACAGGCGACACUAAGCAGAAGACAGCAGGCAAUGUAUGUGAUAAAUGGAGCCCCUGUAGCUGCUCAUCAGCCGAUUCAGUUGCAAACAGAAGUACAGGAACAGGAGGCAGUGCUGGGAUUUAGCCCCAUCUCAUCUCCCAUCGGAGCGCCUGGAGGUGUACUGCUAAUGCAGACACAUUUUCCUGAGAAAGCAGUAGAAAAGGAAACGGGAAGACCACCAUUGCUGUUUACUGAUGUGCCAGCACUGGCCAAAAAACAAAAAAAGAAAACACCAUCUGAGCUGUUAGGUACCAAAUUAGUGAAGGCUGAACUAAAAGAUACUGUGUCAUCUAAAUAGAUAAGAGCAGAUCCAAUAAGACAAGCACCUAUGACACCUGAUUUGAGUGAUGUGACUAUAAAUGUUUUGCCGUAUUUUACAAAAAAGUGAUUAGAUCUAGAUAGAUAGAUAGAUAGAUGCUCCGUCUAGAGUUCAUUUCUCUAGUGAAUUAACAUGCUGUGGACACUAAUGGCUCGUUUCCACUGAGCGCUACAGUUUGGUUUGGUUCAGUACAGUACGGUACGCGAUUUUUGCCGUUUCCAUUGUCAAAGGUUGUGAAUGCUACCCUAAUUCCGAACCAUACCGUACCACUUUUUUGGGACCCUUUCGUUGGGGUACCAAGUACAAUAGUACCGUACCAAAAGGGUGGAGCUACACUCUGCAGAACGUUGAUUGGUUGACAGAGAAUCGUCACUUGCACGUGCUACAAGGGGAAUGACAACACAAGAAGCGCCACACACGAAUGUGGUUCAGGCAACGAUUUGCCUGGGAACAAAUGAUAAAUUCAUGAGACCAAAGAUUGGCCGUUAUACACAAGAUGAAUGAUAUCUCGUUUUUAACCACUACAGAGACAUCUGAGCCAGCGGCAAAUGUCGGAAGGACUAGCCAAGGUACAGCUGCUCUCGGCGGUGUACAUUAGCACUAAGCGCCCAGUGAUCGCCUGGAUCUCACAUCCAUGCUGCUGCAUGAACGACUGAACUUUGCGUACUUGGUAUUGUGAAAAGCCGAAUGUUGCAUGCAGCAAGCAAAGCUCAAGCCGAGAAGCAAGAUCAAGAUCUGCUGUAUUCACUGUUGUUUACUGUGUCAUUUUCUUCUUCGCACGAGAAUGACGUCAAUUGCUACUUUCCGGCUAAACCACGCCUAUCAAGUAAGCGUACUGUUGGCAGUGGAAACGCAAGCCUGAUUAGGGUGUACCAUUCCGAACCAUACCGAAAUGUACUGAACCGAACCGUACCGCUCAGUGGAAACGAGGCAUAAACGACUUGCCUGAGGUAAAUGUAAUGCUAUGUUAGAUAUUAUUCUCAAGCUGUUUUAUUAAUGUCUUUCUGCAGUUGAAACACUAGUUUAGAGAUUACAUGUAAACAUAUCUAUGCACAGAUUGUGUUUUUCUUCUUCUGCGCUUUUUCCCGUUGUGGUGAUUAGCAAACAGUGUUGCAUUACUACUUACACACCCUUCUGGAUUGGAGUGUGGAUUGUCUGUGACUGACUGUUUUUUGUCAUCUGAUUGACGGUUGUAGAUGAGUACAUGUUUCGUUAAACCCCUGAUUAGAUAGAUAGAUAGAUAGAUAGAUAGAUAGAUAGAUAGAUAGAUAGAUAGAUAGAUAGAUAGAUAGAUAGAUAGAAAUAUCAACUGUUGCUGUCUAUGAAAAACUUCUCAUGAAGUUCCAUUUGGGUUGAUGUCUGUAUAGAUAGAUGAAGAAGCUGCCCAUUAGACUUCUCAUAGGCUGGUCCCACUUUAUAUUAAGUGGCCUUAACUACUAUGUACUUACAUCAAAAUAAUAUGUACAAUGUACUUAUUGGGUUCAUAUUGAAUUGCAAAACACUUUUGCUGCUUUUGAGGUGUGAUACGGGUAAGGUUAGGGAAAGCUUUGGCAGUAUGGGUAGAUUUAAGUGUAGGGGUAAGGUGUAAGGGAUGGGUCAACAGUGUAAUUAUAAAUGUAAUUACAGUAAUUAAUUACAGAUGUAAUUACAUGCAGGUGUUUUUAAAAUAUCAGUAAUCUAUUCAGUAAAAUAUCAAUGCAAAAACAUGUAUGUACACAAUAAGUGCAUUGUAUCAAAUUAUUCAUUUAAAUGUAAGUACAUAGUAGUUAAGGCCACUUAAUAUAAAGUGGGACCCAUAUGUUUUGAGACACCGCCAAUGUCUGUAGUCAGAUGUCAAUGCCAAACUUCAAGAGAGUGACUCCAAAGUAGUGGAAUUCUGGAAUUCUGGGGUGGUUCACUGUUUUUUUUUUUUCUAUGCUUGAUUGUGUUUAUGGGGUGCAGUUUAACAUGUUUUUUUUUUUUUUUAAAUGUUGUAUUUUUCAUAUAUUUUACUUUUAUUCUACACCGCUGUUUCCAUUGUCAUUUGAAUGGCCGGAUUGACUUCCUGCUUCUGAUACCACUCCCUCCGGAAUAUGCAAUGUGCUCAGAUUGGUUAGCUGGCCCAGUGUAUUGUGAUUCACUGAAGCAUCUGGAAACGCCAUACCCCUUACCAUUAGUUGUUACAUUUGCUUCAGUGGAAAUGUAAAUAAUGGCGUCCAUAUUAUCAAAUUGAGCCAGAAUCAGACCCAGAUAGCAUGAUGACAUGGGUCAAGCAGAACCUCUGCAAGCACGGUUUAUUUCUGUUUGUAUUUGUGUCAAAGUGUUUAGAUAUGCUGUCACUUGUAA